AUGAGACAUGGUUUCGGUGAAGACUACAACUCGGAAAACUUUUUGAGCCAACUCGCAAACACUUUCUAUAUCUAUUUUGAUGAUAAACGACAUAGUACGAUGGGUAAUCCUUUAACCAAGGAGAUGAAGGAAAGCACGAAGUACUACAAGAAUUUCCAGCCUAUACAUGAUUGGAAAAUCAUGAAGGAAAGGCAAAAGACUAUUAGUGCGGUAUUGGUAAUGUGUCUUAAUUUGGGCGUUGAUCCUCCUGACGUAAUGAAGACUUAUCCAUGUGCCAAACUCGAAGCAUGGUGUGACCCAACAACCUUUACGGAUACAAAAAAGGCAAUCGAAAAUAUCGGCAAAAACUUGCAAUCACAAUAUGAAACACUUUCAUUACGAACUAGGUACAAGCAAUCAUUAGACCCAUGUGUCGAAGAUGUCAAACGAUUUUGCAACACUUUGAGAAGGAAUGCUAAAGAUGAGAGAAUUCUUUUUCAUUAUAACGGACACGGUGUACCACAACCAACAACGAGUGGUGAAAUUUGGGUUUUCAACCGUGGCUAUACUCAAUAUAUUCCCAUAUCGCUUUAUGAUUUACAAACUUGGCUUGGCGCUCCUGUGAUAUUCGUGUACGAUUGCAACAGUGCUGGUAAUAUUGUUUACAAUUUUAAAAAAUUUGUGCAAAAACGGAUAGAUGACGACAAUGAGGGUAAUCAUGACGUUAGUGCACCAUCGCCAACUUCUGCGUAUCUUGAUUGCAUUCAAUUGGCAGCAUGCAAAAGCAAUGAAUUGUUACCAAUGAGUCCUGAUCUUCCUGCCGACUUGUUCACUUGUUGUCUUACUUGUCCUAUUGACAUUAGCAUUAAGUGGUUUAUAAUGCAAAGCUCGCUUAAAAAGAGGUAUUAUGAUUCCCUACCGAAGAAUCAAAUAGGAAACGUAAUAGUACCGGGAAAAUUGACUGAUAGGAGGACACCAUUGGGAGAACUUAACUGGAUAUUCACUGCAAUAACUGAUACAAUAGCAUGGACUUCGCUUUCAAGACCAAUUUUCAAACGUCUCUUUCGUCAAGAUUUAAUGGUUGCUGCAUUGUUUCGAAACUUUUUACUAGCAAAGAGAAUCAUGCCCCAUUUGAAUUGCAAUCCCAUAAGUGAUCCGCCGUUACCUGAUUCUGUCAAGUACCAUCCAAUGUGGGACUCUUGGGAUUUGGCUAUUGACCAAGUUCUUUCCCAAUUGUUAAAAACGUCCAAGGAAGAGCCAACGACGACUCAAAAUGUGACUCAAUCGCUGUCAUUAAUACCUAAUGGUGUGAUAAUAGCGAAUGGUAACGGCAACAGCAGCAGCGGCACACAAUCUAGUACUCACCCAAAUGGCACCGCCCAGGUUGUGCUGUCAGCAACAACGCAAAAUUUGAACAAUUAUCAGCACUCCACAUUUUUUGAACAGCAAUUAACUGCUUUUGAGAUUUGGUUAAAGUACACUGGUCCAUCGACAAAAGAACCACCGGAACAGCUACCAAUAGUCUUGCAAGUGUUGUUGUCCCAAGUACAUCGUCUAAGAGCGUUGAUUUUGCUCUCAAAGUUUUUGGAUUUAGGUCCAUGGGGAGUAUAUUUGUCUUUGUCAAUUGGAAUAUUCCCCUAUGUGUUGAAGCUUUUGCAGAGCCCCGCUCAAGAGUUAAAACCAGUAUUGAUAUUCAUAUGGGCAAGAAUAAUGGCCAUUGAUUAUAAAGGUACUCAACAAGAAUUGUGUAAAGACAAGGGUUAUAAUUACUUCUAUCAGAUUUUAAACAACUCGCCCCAGAGCCUGGCUAAUGGACACGGGGGCGCAGGAUCAGCCACUUCUGGACCAAUGUUAAUCAACGAUGAUCAUAAAGCUAUGAGUGCAUUUAUUUUGACCCUUUUUAUAAAAGACUUUAAAAAUGGGCAAAGGCUUUGCUUUUCGAGUGAGGUUGUCACCAAUUGCAUAAAGUACAUUCAAACGAGUGAAAACCCUUUAUUGAGACAGUGGUGCAGCUUGCUUCUUUCCCAAUUGUGGAACAAGUACCCCGAUGGCAAAUGGGUGGCGUUCAAAGACGGCCAUAUAAAUCAGUUGUCGUUGCUAACAAAUGAUCCAAUUCCAGAAGUUCGUACCUCAAUUGUUGUUGCAUUGACAAACUUUCUUUCCGAUCCCGUUCCUCCUUUAUUUGGCCAACCACAGCAAGGGCAACAGCGACCAUCGCUGUAUAGUUCUACGGCCGAGUCCAAGAAGGAUGAGAUGAGACAACAGGAUUUGAAGCUUGCUAAUAUCGUUUUAGGACUUCUAGGCGAUGGGUCCCCCAUUGUGCGAAAAGAGAUGGUGUUCUUCAUCAACAAAUUUAUCAAAGCAUAUUCUAAAUUUUUUUUAGUUGUUGCCUUCAACCAAUUGGAGGAGGAGAUUGUGCUUCUUGAUGACCCCAAUAUUUUGAACGAUUUUAGAAAACGUUCUCCAGCAUAUGGGUCUAUAUUUAGCUCAAUAUGGAAGGCGCUUUUGAUAUUAUCGGAAGAUCCUCACUGUGAGGUGAAGAGCUUUGCUGAAAUUGUCAUUGAUUAUGUGAUGGUGAAUUUAAACCAUAGUGAAUUGGGUUUGAUUGUGAAGGAGAUGCAAGGCUAUUUGUUGAGUAAGUCCACGUUAAGCAUCAGCGAAGGCUUCAUAUCGGGAACACCUAUUGUAAGUAAAUUUUUGGGGGAAAAACGACAAGUCUCGAGUGCAUCAGUAAUCAACAGAAAAAACAACUUGCUUAUAAAUGGCUCAUCUUUGAAAACAAGGGCUGUAUCAUCUAAUGACCAUUCCACUGAUAGUGAUAGCGAAUCUAUCACAUCGAAGAUUAAGAAUUUGUCCAUGGCGAAGUUGUUAAAGAGCUUUCAUAUCAAUGAAGAAUCGGAUAUCAAAGGGUUUGGCCGUAUUUUGAACUCGGGUCUCCUUCCCAGUCGGUACGGUGCUGAGUACAAGCCUAAAUCUGCUUUUUACAGGCCUCGUGAUCUCACAGAAUGGCCAGAAUUGCCGGCUGAAUCCGACUUUUUUGAGUACAGCUGUGAAUACUUUCAAGAGCCUCAAAUGUCAAAGAACGAGACCGAUGAACCUGGUUCAGAGGAAUAUGUUAGAAGAUUGUGGCGAAGGAAUCGAAAUGAAAUGAUAAUUCAAGAAACACAGCCGCAGAAGGAAAUGGCGUUACGUGGUGAUUGGAAUAAAAAUGUCAAGGUGUUGAAUAACGUUUCGCAACCAAAAUGUAUCAAGUUUACCCAAUUUGAGAAAACUUUAGUUGCGAGUGAUGAAAAAGAUAACGUGACCGUCUGGGAUUGGGGUCAAAAUAGAAUUGUUAAAAAGUUUUCUAAUGGCAACCCCUUUGGAACCAAGAUUACCGAUUUGAAGUUUUUGAAUGAAGAUGAUCAACCGUUAUUGUAUGUGGGCUCAUCAGAUGGCGUCGUGAAAAUUUACAAGAAUUUCCACAAUGAUGAAAAAUACGACAAUGGAGAUGAGGACGAUAGUGAGAAUCGUGCUCCAUAUAAUGGUAACAGGAUAAAUCAAAAACAUGACUAUUACGAAGAGAACAACACUGAUGUUUUCUCCAACAAGAUCGAGUUGGUCACAGGCUGGAGAGCUUUGACUGAUUUGCUUCUCACAUCUAAAAGUUCCGGUCUAGUUUCCGAAUGGCAACAAUCGAGAGGAUCGCUAUUAGUUAGUGGAGAUGUUAAGGUUAUCCGUAUAUGGGAUGCACCACGGGAAUUGUGCGUGCUGGAUAUUCCAGCUAGGUCCUCGUCAUCAAUUACUAGCUUGACCUCUGACCAAGUUGCCGGUAACAUAUUUGUUGCUGGGUUUGAUGAUGGUAGCAUUCGAGUUUAUGAUCAAAGACUUGAUGCAAGAGAGUCAAUGGUUCGCUCUUGGAAACUGACGAGACAACCAAAUGGACAGCCUUUCAAUAAUGUUGGUUACGGGUCAAUAAAGAAUGUGCAUAUGCAAAGAGGAGGGUUUAGGGAGUUAGUCAGUGGCUCAUCCGAUGGAUUUGUCAAUCUUUGGGAUAUCAGAUUAAACGACCCUAUUUUGACUUUCAAUACACCUGGAAAUCAAAUCCGCAGCAUAGAUGUCCACGAACAUGCGCCGGUCAUAGUUUCAGGGUCCAAGUCGGUGAAUGUUUGGUCAACUGCAGGUGAUGACAUAACCACAUUGAGAAAUCCGUCACACGAAAAGUAUUUGACAACAAACAGGGGUAUAAAUUAUCUUUCUGGGGUAACUUUCCAUCCGCAUAGAAUGAUGCUCGCUACUAACUACACUCAGGAUGCUAAUAUUAAUGUAUAUACUUGUACAGAUGUGAUUAGUGAUUAUUAA